UUUGAGUCACUCAAAGAGAAACAAUGCAUUUUCAAAGAAAAGAAGAGCCAAGAAAUCUUUCACCUGCACUCAGUGUGGAAAGAGUUUCACAAGCAAAUCAAAUCUUGAGCUUCACAUGAGAGUUCAUAGUGGAGAGAAGCCGUUCACAUGUGAUCAGUGUGGAAAGAGUUUCACACAGUCAAGAAACCUUAAAAAACACAUGAAAAUCCACACCGGAGAGAAGCCAUUCACCUGCAAAAAAUGCGGGAAGAGUUUCACGGAUUCAUCACAGCUUAAGAGACACAUGAGGAUCCACACCGGAGAGAAGCCGUUCAUGUGUGAUCAGUGUGAAAAGAGAUUCACAUACAAACAAAGUCUUGAUCAUCACAUGAGGAUCCAUACUGGAGAAAAGCCGUUCAUGUGUGAUCAGUGUGGAAAGAGUUUCAUGUACUCUUCAAACCACAAAAGACACAUGCAAAUCCACACUGGAGAGAAGCCAUUCACCUGCGAAAAGUGCAGGAAGAGUUUCACACAAAAAAUACAUCUUAGACUACACAUGAGGAUCCAUACUGGAGAAAAGCUGUUCAUGUGUGAUCAGUGUGGAAAGAGUUUCAUGGACUCUUCAAAACAUAAAAUGCACAUGAGAAUCCACACUGGAGAGAAGCCUUACACAUGUGAUCAAUGUGGGAAGAGUUUCACACAAUCAGUAAACUUAAAAACACACAUGAGGAUCCACACUGGAGAGAAGCCUUACACAUGUGAUCAAUGUGGGAAGAGUUUUGCACAAUCAGUCAACUUUAAAACACACAUGAGGAUUCACACUGGAGAGAAGCCGUUAAUGUGUGAGCAGUGUGGAAAGAGAUUCUCAAUUAAAAAUAAACUUCAACUUCACAUGAGAGUUCAUACUGGAGAGAAGCCAUAUGCAUGUGAUCAGUGUGGGAAGAGCUUCACAAACAAAUCAAGUCUUGAGCUUCACAUGAGGAUCCACACCGGAGAGAAGCCGUUCAUGUGUGAUCAGUGUGAAAAGAGAUUCACAUACAAACAAAGUCUUGAUCAUCACAUGAGAGUUCAUACUGGAGAGAAGCCAUUCAUGUGUGAUCAGUGUGAAAAGAGAUUCACAUGCAAACAAAGUCUUGAUCAUCACAUGAGAGUUCAUACUGUAGAGAUACCAUUCAUGUGUGAUCAGUGUGAAAAGAGAUUCACAUACAAACAAAGUCUUGAUCAUCACAUGAGAGUUCAUACUGGAGAGAUGCCAUACAUGUGUGAUCAGUGUGGAAAGAGUUUCAUGUACUCUUCAAACCACAAAAGACACAUGCAAAUCCACACUGGAGAGAAGCCAUUCACCUGCGAAAAGUGCAGGAAGAGUUUCACACAAAAAAUACAUCUUAGACUACACAUGAGGAUCCAUACUGGAGAAAAGCUGUUCAUGUGUGAUCAGUGUGGAAAGAGUUUCAUGGACUCUUCAAAACAUAAAAUGCACAUGAGAAUCCACACUGGAGAGAAGCCUUACACAUGUGAUCAAUGUGGGAAGAGUUUCACACAAUCAGUAAACUUAAAAACACACAUGAGGAUCCACACUGGAGAGAAGCCUUACACAUGUGAUCAAUGUGGGAAGAGUUUUGCACAAUCAGUCAACUUUAAAACACACAUGAGGAUUCACACUGGAGAGAAGCCGUUAAUGUGUGAGCAGUGUGGAAAGAGAUUCUCAAUUAAAAAUAAACUUCAACUUCACAUGAGAGUUCAUACUGGAGAGAAGCCAUAUGCAUGUGAUCAGUGUGGGAAGAGCUUCACAAACAAAUCAAGUCUUGAGCUUCACAUGAGGAUCCACACCGGAGAGAAGCCAUUCAUGUGUGAUCAGUGUGAAAAGAGAUUCACAUACAAAGUAAGUCUUGAUCAUCAUAUGAGAGUUCAUACUGGACAGAAGCCAUUCAUGUGUGAUCAGUGUGAAAAGAGAUUCACAUACAAACAAAGUCUUGAGCUUCACAUGAGAGUUCAUACUGGAGAGAAGCCAUUCAUGUGUGAUCAGUGUGAAAAGAGAUUCACAUACAAAGUAAGUCUUGAUCAUCAUAUGAGAGUUCAUACUGGACAGAAGCCAUUCAUGUGUGAUCAGUGUGAAAAGAGAUUCACAUACAAACAAAGUCUUGAGCUUCACAUGAGAGUUCAUACUGGAGAGAAGCCAUUCAUGUGUGAUCAGUGUGAAAAGAGAUUUACAUACAAACCAAGUCUUGAUCAUCACAUGAGAGUUCAUACUGGAGAGAAGCCAUUCAUGUGUGAUCAGUGCGGAAAGAGUUUCAUGGACUCUUCAAAACAUAAAAAACACAUGAGAAUUCACACCGGAGAGAAGCCUUACACGUGUGAUCAAUGUGGGAAUAGUUUCACACAAUCAGAACACUUAAAAACACACAUGAGGAUCCACACUGGAGAGAAGCCUUACACAUGUGAUCAAUGUGGGAAGAGUUUUGCACAAUCAGUCAACUUUAAAACACACAUGAGGAUUCACACUGGAGAGAAGCCGUUAAUGUGUGAGCAGUGUGGAAAGAGAUUCUCAAUUAAAAAUAAACUUCAACUUCACAUGAGAGUUCAUACUGGAGAGAUGCCAUACAUGUGUGAUCAGUGUGGAAAGAGUUUCAUGUACUCUUCAAACCACAAAAGACACAUGCAAAUCCACACUGGAGAGAAGCCAUUCACCUGCGAAAAGUGCAGGAAGAGUUUCACACAAAAAAUACAUCUUAGACUACACAUGAGGAUCCAUACUGGAGAAAAGCCGUUCAUGUGUGAUCAGUGUGGAAAGAGUUUCAUGGACUCUUCAAAACAUAAAAUGCACAUGAGAAUCCACACUGGAGAGAAGCCUUACACAUGUGAUCAAUGUGGGAAGAGUUUUGCACAAUCAGUCAACUUUAAAACACACAUGAGGAUUCACACUGGAGAGAAGCCGUUAAUGUGUGAGCAGUGUGGAAAGAGAUUCUCAAUUAAAAAUAAACUUCAACUUCACAUGAGAGUUCAUACUGGAGAGAAGCCAUAUGCAUGUGAUCAGUGUGGGAAGAGCUUCACAAACAAAUCAAGUCUUGAGCUUCACAUGAGGAUCCACACCGGAGAGAAGCCAUUCAUGUGUGAUCAGUGUGAAAAGAGAUUCACAUACAAAGUAAGUCUUGAUCAUCAUAUGAGAGUUCAUACUGGACAGAAGCCAUUCAUGUGUGAUCAGUGUGAAAAGAGAUUCACAUACAAAGUAAGUCUUGAUCAUCAUAUGAGAGUUCAUACUGGACAGAAGCCAUUCAUGUGUGAUCAGUGUGAAAAGAGAUUCACAUACAAAGUAAGUCUUGAUCAUCAUAUGAGAGUUCAUACUGGACAGAAGCCAUUCAUGUGUGAUCAGUGUGAAAAGAGAUUUACAUACAAACCAAGUCUUGAUCAUCACAUGAGAGUUCAUACUGGAGAGAAGCCAUUCAUGUGUGAUCAGUGCGGAAAGAGUUUCAUGGACUCUUCAAACCAUAAAAGACACGUGCAAAUCCACAGUGGAGAGAAGCCAUUCACCUGCGAAAAGUGCAGGAAGAGUUUCAAACAAAAAAUACUUCUUAGACUACACAUGAGGAUCCACACUGGAGAAGAGACGUUCAUGUGUGAUCAGUGUGGAAAGAGUUUCAUGGACUCUUCAAAACAUAAAAAACACAUGAGAAUUCACACCGGAGAGAAGCCUUACACGUGUGAUCAAUGUGGGAAGAGUUUCACACAAUCAGUAAACUUAAAAACACACAUGUGGAUCCACACUGGAGAGAAGCCUUACACGUGUGAUCAAUGUGGGAAUAGUUUCACACAAUCAGAACACUUAAAAACACACAUGAGGAUCCACACCGGAGAGAAGCCAUUCAUGUGUGAACAGUGUGAAAAGAGAUUCUCAAUUAAACAAAGUCUUAAACUUCACAUGAGGAUCCACACUGGAGAGAAGCCGUUCACAUGUGAUCAAUGCGGAAAAACAUUUUACCGGGCAUCGGCUCUGAAGACACACCUGACAGUUCAUACGAAGGAGAAGCCGCACUCAUGUUCUGAAUGUGGAAAGAGUUUUUCACUGCUGCAAAGUUUAAAAGGACAUCAGAAAAUACAUACCGGUGUGAGAGAGUACAUGUGCUUUGAGUGUGACAAGACUUUUAUUUCAGCGAGCCAUUUAAAACGGCACCAGAUUAUUCACACUGGAGAAAAACCUUACAAGUGUACACACUGUGACAAGAGAUUUAAACAGUCAGCAAGUCUUGAUGUUCACAUGAGAGCUCAUUCUGGAGAGAAACCGUACACUUGUGAUCAGUGCGGGAAGAGAUUUACACAAGCAGCACACCUUAAGGAGCACAUGAACAUCCACACUGGAGAGAAACCAUACAAGUGUUCACACUGCGACAAGAGAUUUAAUUGGUCAAUAAAUCUGAAAAUACACAAGAUUAUCCACACUGAAGAGAAACCAUACACGUGAUCAAUGUGGAAAGAGUUUUUCACACAGU